UGUGUGUUGCAUUUGGUUGUAACUAGUAUGGCAACUGGAGGGCGUUGAUAAGUUUUUCGGAGCAACGUGUGACUAAAAUGCGGACUGUAUUGAUGGUUGCUGAGAAGCCGUCUCUGGCGGCAUCAAUAUCAGCGAUUCUCAGCAACCGUCAGUCUUCAUCCAGGAAAGGAUCCAAUGGAGUCUGCACAGUGCAUGAAUGGAAUGGGAGCUUCCAGGGAGAAGCAGUCCGUUUCAAGAUGACAUCUGUGUGUGGUCAUGUGAUGUCGCUGGACUUCAUUGGAAAGUACAACAACUGGGACCGUGUUGAUCCAGCCGAGCUGUUCAACGCCGUGACGGAGAAGAAGGAGGCAUCCGCCAAGAUGCGCAUGCCGGACUUCCUUGCGCGCGAGGCGCACGGCUGCGACUACCUGGUGCUCUGGCUCGACUGCGACAAGGAGGGCGAGAACAUCUGCUUCGAGGUCAUCGACGCCGUCCAGCGCAGUAUGAACAGGCUACCCAACAGACAGACGGUGUUCCGGUCGCGCUUCUCGGCCAUCACGGACCGCGACAUCCGGGCGGCCAUGAACAGCCUGGUGGAGCCCAACGAGAACGAGUCGCGCAGUGUGGACGCUCGCCAGGAGCUGGACCUGCGUAUCGGCUGUGCGUUCACGCGCUACCAGACCAAGUUCUUCCAGGGUCGGUACGGGGACCUGGAUUCCACGCUCAUCUCCUACGGGCCCUGCCAGACGCCCACGCUGGGCUUCUGCGUGGAGAGGCAUGAUCAGAUCCAGUCGUUCAAGCCCGAGCAGUACUGGAAACUGGCGGUCACGUGUGAGCUAGAGAAUGGGCAGCAGCUGCACCUCGAGUGGGAACGGGUGCGCUGCUUCGACAAAGAAGUGGCCACGAUGUUCCUCAACCAGAUCAAGGACAUCAAGACUACGGUUGUGGACAGCGUGGUGAGCAAGGAGAAGACGAAGGCGCGGCCGCUCGCGCUCAACACGGUGGAGCUGAUGCGCGUGGCGUCGUCCGGCCUCAACAUGAGCCCCCACUACGCCAUGCAGAUCGCCGAGCGGCUCUACACACAGGGCUUCAUCAGCUACCCGCGCACCGAGACCACCCACUACCCGGAGAACUUCGACCUGGUGGGCACCCUCCGCCAGCAGCAGAGCAGCUCGGUGUGGGGCUCAGAGGUGCGCGCGCUCCUCGCGCAGGGCAUCAACCAGCCCAAGAAGGGCGUGGACGUGGGUGACCACCCGCCCAUCACGCCCAUGCGGCUGGCCACCCCGCAGCAGCUGGAGGGAGACGCCUGGAAGGUGUACGACUAUGUGGUGCGCCACUUCAUCGCGACGGUGCACCGUGACUGUCGUUACCUGAGCACCACGGUCGGCGUCAGCGUGGGCGCCGAGAAGUUCAGCGUGACUGGGGCACGGGUCAUCGACCCCGGCUUCACCGAGGUCAUGGACUGGCUGGCCGUCGGCCGCCAGGAGGCGCUGCCUGACGUGCAGAAGGGCGACCGGCUCACGGUCGCGUCGGUCCGGUUGACCGAGCACCUCACCUCCCCGCCCGGCUACCUGACCGAGGCGGAGCUGAUCACGCUGAUGGAGAAGCACGGCAUCGGCACCGACGCCUCCAUCCCCGUCCACAUCAACAACAUCGGCCUGCGCAACUACGUCACCGUCGAGACGGGCCGCCGCCUCGUGCCCACCACGCUCGGCAUCGUGCUCGUGCACGGCUACCAGAAGACCGACCCGGACCUGGUGCUGCCGAGCAUGCGCUCCGCCGUGGAGCAGCAGCUGAACCUGAUCGCGCUCGGCCGCGCCGACUACGACGCCGUGCUGCGGCACACGCUCGAGAUCUUCAAGAUGAAGUUCCACUACUUCGUCAAGAACGUCAACAGCAUGGACCAGCUGUUCGAGGCGUCGUUCUCGCCGCUGGCCUCGUCCGGCAAGCCUCUGUCGCGGUGCGGCAAGUGCCGGAGAUACAUGAAGCUGGUGGAGACGCGACCGCAGCGCCUGCACUGCACCCACUGCGGCGAGACGUUCUCCCUGCCAUCUGACGGGGUGGUCCGCAUCUACAAUGAAGCCAAGUGUCCGCUAGAUGACUUUGAGCUGGUCGUGUGGUCGGGCGGCAAGAAGGGUCGGAGUUUCGUGCUCUGUCCUUACUGUUACAACCACCCGCCGUUCAAGGACAUGGGCAGGGGCAGCGGCUGCAACAGCUGCUCGCACCCCAGCUGUCGUCAUGGGCUCAGCGUGAACGGCGUGUCGGCGUGCGUGGCCUGCGAGCGCGGCGUGCUGGUGCUCGACCCCGCCUCGGGACCCAAGUGGAAGCUCGUCUGCAACAGGUGUGACGUCAUAAUCAGCCUGUUCGACCAGGCGGUCAAAGUGAGCGUUCUGCCAGGCGUGUGCGGAUCCUGCGGCGCCUGCAACGUCAAGGUCGAGUAUAAACAGGAAAAGUCGCGUUUGCCGGACAAGGCGACGCAGCUGGAGGGUUGCGUCUUUUGCACGGAGGGUCUGAGCCAGCUGGUGCAGAUGAAGCACGCCCAGCGCACGACCAGCCGGCCGCGGGGCGGCCAGCGGGGCCGCGGCCGCGGGGGCGCCGAGCCCCGCCAGCCGCGCGACAAGAUGGCCGAACUGGCCGCCUUCUUCAUGUGAGUCCGGCUGCCGGCCGGCGCGUGAGUCGCGGCGGCGAUUGGAGCCUCGCGUGGGGACCCGGCGGGUGGCGCCGGUGGCCAAGGCCGCCUGCUGGCGCUGGCCGCUAUUCAUCGGUCUCCGACCGGACUUUUGACCAUUGAGACCGGCCGUCCGGACCGCGGCCUGAAAGGUCAGGCCGCGGCCAUGUGCUGUAAUUACACUGCCGGCGAUGGCUCGCCGCUCCUGUUGCACUCUUGUACCGUUAUCUGCGGGGAGUAAUGUUUUUAACGGAGGUCGAAGACUAACGCGCUGCCACGUGCUGCUUGCUGCGCAUGGACCGUCGAGGUUGGACAUCCUCCGCUUAUUUCACGGUUUUGUAACCGUGUUGUUGUUAACUUGUGAUAUUAUGCACGACUAAUGUCUGCAUAACGACAGUCCCCUUGGGACAAUACAAGCUUUUGCACCAUU